GCCGCCGUUUCUGAUGAAGUAAAGCCUCGACGACCCUCAUGAUGUUUAACUGGCAUGACUUCGACGUGGUAUUUCAGGCCAAGCCCGAUUAUUCCUUCGACAACAAGACCGUGGAAGGCAUAAACAAACACCGCAGGGAAGCGGGCGAGUUGUUCUUCGACCGCAUAUGGAGGUCGAUCGGUUUGACGCGACCGUCUAGAAACAACUACCCACCUCGGACAAACCAAGAUCUACGCAAUAUCUGGUCCAAAAUCGUACAAUCAUCGGCACCCGACGAGCAGAAGCUCGCCCUCCUCUUCUACCUCUUGCGAGACUGUCGGCACCUAUCCAACGCAGACUCGAACUUUGCUCGAAGAACAUAUCUUCCUCAGAAAUACCAGCUACUUGUCGCUGGUCUUUGGGAACUCGAUCAUGGACAGUUUGCCCGGGCUUUGGAACACCUGACCGAUCCAUCCUUGACACCUACCUUUGCCGACGACAUCCUCUUCACCUUGUUGCAACACCCAAAAUGCGAUCGCGCCCUCGCCUCAGCCUACUAUAUAGCAGUUUCUCCACCAUUAAAGGACCCCAAGACUCUUGGAGCCUACUUCUCACUCUUGCUUCGCAAUAACAUGGUGGAGGCGUACUAUUUCGCAAAGAGACAGGACCAUUUGCAACAUAAGAAGCUGUUUGAAGAGCUGAUCGUCACAAUGCAUCAAGAAGAUCCAAGUCCCGACCAUGCCCAGCGAGCGGCUAUAGUUGUUGGACUACCGUUGACUAGUGAGGAGGAUGGCUGGUUCGAGGAGUGCCUGCUGAAUGGUGCUGGGUCCAAACUUCCAGGGGCCAAGGAUUCGGUCAUCGCGCGAAGAAUCGCACUGGGAAGGUCUACGUCUGAUAUCAGCUCAUUGAACAGACUUGGGGGAGAAGAUAUUGACGGAGUUAAUUGGGAUUACGUGAAGACAGGCAUAUCGGGUACUGUUCCGCAUUGAUGACUAUUGUAUCACCAUGUGGUUCCCCCUUACCAUUGAGUGUUAGUGCAAUGGGAUGGGCAACGUCAGCACCGGGAUGCAGAAACCGCGAAUGCUAGAGCCUGGAAUCCUGAAAAACUGGCGAUUGGUGCUUUGAUGGAGAACCUUGUAUGAAUAGUGAAAUUUGAUGGCUGCAUGCGGCAUGGAUCGAGUUUGACCAAAAACCUCCCCGCACCAGCAGCAAAACACCUCGAGGCCGCCAAUCAUCAGACCAUCCUGAGGAUGAAGCUCUUCACCUAGCAACCCCCUUGACA